CAGUUGAUCCGAAAGGUGUUCCACGUGGCAGCAUGUACGGCCAACCUGGCGGGGAGGAUAUGGGCCCACCAGUUGUCGAGUAACCGGGUCUUAAGGUAGUUUCUGAGACAGAAACCUUGGUACUGGCAAGUGCAUCUACGGGCCUUUUACCGUUAGCGCCAGUAACUUGUAUAAAGAAGUGGGGGUUUAAGACAUACAUGCGGUGGUUUAUUUCUCAGGGUUUUUCUUUGGCCACGAAAAACAUUGGAUGGUUCAUCAUUACAUAAAUUACAGGGGCUCUUCUUUGUUAGACUAUUUGGUGCAGUUGACCACAGGAGUUGUGUAGCAUGAAGUUUUUAGACUGUAAAAAAUCUGCUGGUUUUUUGUGUUCGCUGGAUAUUUCUUGGGAUGGUUUCUGAGAUAUGGUGUUGCAGAAGAGGUUAGACUAUGGAUUCAAUGGCUAUCAGGUGCCUCCUAUACCUCGAGCUACCAGAUCGGCUAGGAGAAGGGGCACUAUUAGGAGGAAAGCUGAUGGCGAUGGAACGUGUCCCUUUGACUUGUUAGCUACUGUAGCUGGCAAGUUAUUGGGGGAGGGAGCGAGCUCACCUGAUUCUACGGGUUCUGUUAGAGGGAAGGAGCAAUCAAUUCUGAAAGAUGAGAAGAUAAAAGAAAAAUCUUAUGCUGAAGGCUGUUAUGAGCGGGGGUUCUUCAUUUCUGAGCUUGUCUCACAAGCUCCAGUUGUAAAUCGUUCUUUAAGUGAACUGCCACAUGCUCAAAAUGAUACCAUCUCUGGACCUGCAUCUGUCACUAUGAGUUCUGAUUGCUCAGAGAAGUUCCCCUUUGCUAAACAAUUUGUAAAUGGUGAAAGCAGGGAGGAGGAACAUGGAGUCUUUUCAAGUUGUACAUUAGACACAGAAAGUGAUAAACAGAUUAAAAUUGAGCUGUCAAAUAAUGCUAAAGUUUCUACAAGUAAGGGGGCUGCAAUUUCCAGUCCAGAGUUCCCUGAUGUUUGGGAUAAGAAACCUUCAACACUACUUGUUACUUCAGAUGAUAGUGUAAGAUUAUCUUUGUCUCCGUAUACUGCUCCUUGUAGGUCCUUUCCGGUGAUCCGGAAUGAUGUAAAGUUAGAUAAUAGAGAUGAUGACGAAAACUCUGGGUGCACUCAACCAAGCACCCCAAAUAAGGCCUCUGGGUCAGCACCACGGGUACGAGAUCGCCCAAUUAAGAAGUUACUAGCUUCCAAAUAUUGGGAAGAAAAUCUAAAAUCUGACAAUGAGGGGCAUGCCAAUACUGGGGGGAAAACAAUGCAUGCUUACCACAACAGAAACAGUGCCUACAAGCACCAAAGGUCUCAGAGGGAUUUUCCUUUCAAGAAAAGAAAGCUCUUCAAAUGUGGCUCCUUCUCUAAUUCAGAUGGAGAGAUGAGUACCGAUGGAAUUUGUAGUUCUCCAACAAGUGACUUACAUGGAAAUGCUUCCUAUUAUAGUAAAGCAUCUUCUGGAGGCGGUGCAGCAGCUGGGACGUCAGUCUUCAAUGGAGGUCGUGCAUCCUUCAAGCCUAGUGAUUCCUGUGUUAAGUUUAGAAUCAAAUCCUUCAGGGUUCCUGAGUUUUUUGUCGAGAUUCCAGAAAAUGCAACUGUUGGUUCUUUAAAGAGGACCGUAAUGGAAGCAGUGACUGCUAUACUUGGUGGUGGACUACGUAUCGGUGUGGUUUUUCAGGGUAAGAAGGUUAGAGAUGAUAACAAAACCUUAUUGCAGACUGGAAUUUCUCAUNGGAAGUGGAAGCACUUGUUCAAGCUGUUGAGAAGCUUGGAACAGGAAGAAAUAAGGGUAUUUCUUCACAAAAGAGCACUAAGUGAGUGCUAUGUAUCUGUACAACGAGUUACAGCUCUGGGGAUCUCAAAAGAAUUCAUAAAUCUAUCAAAUUUCAUUAACAUCUUCACCCAAACUCCCCCCACCCCUACCCCACUCCCCCAACCAGGGCUUUUGUUAAGUGAUAAUGAAGUACAACGUGGGUCAGGAUGCAGACUUCUGAUUUGUUUUUUCAGUUUUUCAGUUAUUGUUUUGUUGUUUGGCAGAUGGCGUGAUGUGAAACUGCGAGCUUUUGAUAAUGCCAAUCAUAGAACUUAUGUCGAUUUGAAGGAUAAAUGGAAAACUCUGGUGCACACAGCAAGAAUAUCCCCUCAGCAAAGGAGGGGCGAGCCCGUGCCACAGGAGCUCUUGGACAGGGUCCUCACUGCCCAUGCUUACUGGUCCCAACAGCAAGCCAAACAGCAGAUGAAACAGCCAUCGGAGACUUACCUUCUGCUCUAGGAACACGUCGUGGAAAUGGCUGCACGAUGGGGGACUGAAGAAGAGGUUUCCUUAUUUUUUGUCACUGUAAAAUAUCUUCUGUUUAAAAAGUAUUACCAGGGAAAGUUAAUUAGUUAGUGCUAUAUAGUUCCUUGCAUGGAGGGGUUGGAAGCUGGCUCUUUGUAAAUGUUUGAUAGAAUAAAGUGAUAUGCUAACAGAAUUUUUUUUGUGCCAAGAAUUUGGCAUUAAAUGCUUCUUUCCUUGGAAAGAAAUUCAUUCUAGGGUAAGGGUAUUGUACUUUUGUAAUUAACUCGUUCAAUAGAAAAGGCAAAAGGGAAAUGUUUUGUUCCCUAUUUGAUUGUAAAACUUACUAGUUCCUUAUCAUAUUAUGAUUCUCCACUUUUGGGA